CUGUAGCCAAACCACCCACACCAUUUAACUUUCGUUUUCAAUUCGCACGUAUUGGCCCUACGGUACACCCGUACUUAAAGUAUGUUUACAGUGUAGCAAAGCGUUGUCUGACAUGCCUGUACGUUAGCAACAGGGUCAGCAAUGCUGCAUUCAGGACGCCGUAGUAGCUAACGCUAAUCUAUAAAUAACUUUUCUAGCAAUAACACGUCACAAUCUGCUUAGGUGCUAGAGCAAGCCAUUUAACAGUGACAUAGAAAACAAUAUUGUACGAAGGAUGGAGGAAUACAGAUGAACACUUAAGAAAUAUAGUAUAAUGGAAACCUGAUUGAGUUAUAGGUUUUAACUUUUAAGCUAAAACAGGUGCUAGCUAGCUCAGUUAGCUGGCUCACAUGCAUGCAAGUUGCAAACCAGGUGACUGCUAACGUUAUUUGCUAUUUAUAAAAAAGGUUGUAGUUGAAAACUUGCUUUUUGAUGUAAGCAUCGUUUUAACCAUAGUUGACCUUUCUUCGAUAUAUUGAAUGGUGGCAUUCGUUUGCUUUGCAGCAAGUCUGCUGCUGCAAACGACCAGCCUUCCGUGCUGGCUAACCUAAACUGCUAGCUAGCUAGCUAAGUUUAUAUAAGUUUGACAUGUUUGGACGACAUGCAGUUGAAACGCUGACCAAGCUUAUACUUCUUAGGGGUGUGCAGAGACGUGCCUCCGCAAAUGUCCAAUUACUGGUUUGCCCUAAAGUGAGAUUAAAUCUGGUUACUCGAGCAAAUGCUUGCAGCAUCUUGCUAAAACAUUUAAGUUAUAUGGACAUGCAACCUCCUUGCGGCUCCGAAUCCGACCCGCUCCUUGAGUUCGAUAUCACUAUGGAGCAUGAUAGUCAUGAGUUAUCAUCUGCAACAGUUACAAGUUUUGAUACAGUUCAUGCCGACAAGGCUUCAAGUUCUGCACAAGGAGACGUCAGCACUGAGAAGGCAAAGAGGGCAAAAAAGAAAGCCAAGAAGCCCCGUGGUCGUAAGAAGAAGCAGCCAACGGUAUCAGGGUGCUCUGAUGAUCUCAUGGCAGAGCUACCUUUUGCUGGCACAGAAGUGUGGAAAGACCUUGGAUUUACAACCUCAGAGCGACUGAAGAAAAAAAGAAAAAUCGGUGAAAGCAGUGAGAGUGACGAUGAUGCAGACAAGAAGAAGAAGAAGAAGAAAAAGGAGUCUCAACGUCCAAAUUACUUUGUAUCAAUCCCCAUCACUAACCCUAAGAUUAGGGCGGGGAUGGAGGCGGUGCAGGCAGCGGUAAUCCAGAGAGACCCUCGUCUGAGCCGCGUGCUCAUCCCUGCCGGCAGCCUCCACAUCACGCUGCUGGUGACCCACUUGGGCAGCCAGGACCAAGUCGACUCGGCCGCGUGCGCUUUGGAACACAGCAGGCAGAGUGUGGUGGAGCUGUUGGAGGGCCAGGAGCUGGUGCUGCCGUUCUGUGGCAUGAUGAGUUUCAAGAACGAGGUGGUGUUUGUCAAGCUCGCAGAAGGGGAGCACAACAAAAAGCUGACACAAAUUGCAGAGGCAGUGAGGAGGACGUUUCUGGAGCGGGGCAUCGCCGUGACUGACGACAAAGCCUUUAAGCCUCACCUGACUUUCAUGAAGCUCUCCAGGGCGCCUAAACUCAGGAGUCAGGGUAUUAAGAAGCUGGACCCGGAGCUGUACGCAGAGUUCUCUCAGCACCAGUUUGGGGACGAGACCUUGUCCCGUAUAGACCUGUGCUCCAUGCUGAAGAAAAAGAGCCCCGAUGGGUACUACCACCGCGAGAAGUCCAUCCGCUUUGAUCUUACUCAAAGAGCUCAUCGAGCCUCAAGGACAAGUGGAAAGAAGCUUCCGGAGCCGGAUGACGAGGAGCUGGUGAGCCUGAGCAAGCGUCUGGUGGAGGACGCGGUCCUGCGGGCCGUCCAGCAGUACAUGGAGGAGACGCAGCAGAACAACGGCGGCGCCGCCCAGCCCAAAGGAGAGGGCCAGACGCCGGCACAGACGGCAACCCAGGUUCCAUCCGACACCCUCAACUCUAACGCCAGAAAGUGAGCCCGUCCAAUCAGCCUAGCAAACCCCUGCCCGCCCCCCCAGCCCACCCAGGACCACUAUGGGGUCCAGCCUCUACCACCCCCCAAAGGCAGGGCACCAGACAGGUGGCGCCUCCCGUCUGGGAAGAAGGGACUAUAAGGAGAGAGGACCGAGGAGGAGGAAGAGGAGAAGGAUUUGCUCUCUUGGGAAUUGAAGGAUUUUCUUGGUUUGGUUGACGUCUUGACGCGAUGUGAUUGGAUGGAUUUCAGAAGAUUUGGAAUCUUGUGCAGUUUUUCUUUUUUUGUCUUGGUUUUCCGUUGUUUUUGUUUUUCUGAAGGAUGAUCCCCGCCAAGCAGCUCAGCACAACCCACUGUCUCCUUUUUUUUGAAAAUCUGUGUCUUUGUUUUUAUGUACCUUGGGUCCCUGAGUGAAAGACUUUGACCUUUUGUGCAGAGGUAACCACUAGAACUGAACAGUCACCCAGACAGGCCCCUGGGUGCUCAAGCACUUGGUGGAUAAGCUGGACAGCUACAGUCAUGUACACACUACACCUGCAUCUGUUGUGUGUGUGCCUCGUUUGUGUUCAAGAAACGGCAGAACAGGCAGGCCAGACUCUGGCCAACCAUCGGCAGAUCAGUGCAAAGACAAUCACCAUCUUGACUAACCUUAAUCUAUCACUACAGAACAAAAAAAAAGCCAGCUUCUCCGAAACCUUGUCUCAAACUAAGACCAAUGAAAUGUGUUUUUAGAAUUCUUAUAAAUUGUUUCAUUAUUAUCAUGGACUAUGCAGUCGAAAAAACAUGCUGUGAACAAUGUUUACACGUUGUCCGGUCAGUGCUAUGUGUUUGCUGAAACCGUGGCGUUGUAGUCCAGUCAAAGUAAUGUCCAUCUUGUGGGUGAAGAUGCUCUAAAACUCCACAGAGAAAAAGAACACAUUUACAGGGGGCUGAGGGCAGAGAGUGAGGUAAAGAAUAGAAGUGGUGUGGGGGGAGGGGUGAGAUUGGGAAAGGCUAAGAAGAUUGGCAGCCAUCAUGUUUUGGGUUCAAAAGGCUAGCCAGUGUUGUUUUAUUACGUCUGGAUUUUGGUUCUUGUUUUUGUUUGGUCUCCUAUUGUCUACCUGUGAAUGUUAGGGGCAGGGCGUGAUGAGAGCCGUAUCAGAAGGGUGUUGGACCGGCAGAGAGAUUCGGUCCAGAGGAGGCUGGGGAACAUACGGGCUCUCCUGGCCCAGCCGUCGGUGCGAGCUCAAAUCUUCCAGGAGCUCCACGGAGGACAGAGGACAGGUGCACUGCUAUGACCACUCAUUGACCCUUACUGGACAGGGUAAAAGGCAACACACCAUGGAGGAUAAUGGCCUACCCAGUAUCACUCCUCCCUUUAGCAGAGAGUGAAAAUGGUGUCUACCCAUUUUCAAACCACAGACACACAUUCAGACAUGAAGGCUCACACACUCACACACACACACACACACACACACACACACACACACACACACACACACACAGCUCAUUGUUUUAAGCCAGUGAGUGAAGUGAGCACAGCUGACUGUUUGGGACAAUCUCAUAUUUUCCUUUAUUUUUAAAUUAUUUCUGCAUAUUCUCAUUUAAAUUAUGUCUAAAACCUGUUCUUAGAUGCAAAAAAAGCACAAACUCAUGAGUUUAAGUUUUAAUGUGUUUUUUGCAUUUCGUAGGGUCAAAGAGAGACCUGAGCUACUACUUCAAGUGGCCUUAACUAUUCAAUUAGAACAUGGAUAUUGUGUCAUAACCUUGCACUCAGAGACAUGGUUUCAUUGCUUUUUACCUUCAUCUUCUGUUUGCGUUACAGCUGUUAACCUUCACCAAAACCUUAAAAAGAAACACGCUUUAUUUUUCCAUUUCAUAUUCAUUUGUUGCUGUGGUGCACAGCAAGUCAUAAAAACAUAAUGAAGUUUUUUUUUGACUUCAGCUCUACCAGAUGUCAAGAGUGUCAUUUAAUACGUUCAACCAUGGUGAACAGUCCAUCUCAAUAAAAUCAGGAUGUGAUUUUU